AUGCGUCAUUGUGAUAUUAAAUAUUUACGCCUUCUCAACGAUCUGACAUUUAAUCGUACCGAAACUUUCAUUUGGAUGGGUGAAGGAGGUGCCCGUGGUUAUGUGUUGGAUAUUGGUGAUGAAGAAUUGUCCGAAUCGGGUGAUCGUGAACAACAAUUUCUAGAUGAAGAUCUCAAUCUAUUGACCAGAAUAUUUCCCAAACUGAAAGUACUCAAGUUACGAGGUUGUCAAAUAACUGGCAAAUAUUUGGCACAGUUAUCAUCCCUGAAACACCUCUCCUUGGAUGAUUGCCAGUGUCUGGAAUCGGAUAAUUUCCAAGAAGUAUUUCAAGAGCUGAAGUUACGUAAAUUCGACAUAAUGGAAGACUGUGAUGAAAUCAAUUGUUGCGAUCUAAUCGAAUUGAAAAAAUGUCCCACUUUCGAACACAUAAAAAUUGCCGAUUAUCAUUUGUGUUUCGAUACGGAUAUCAUUAAUGAUAUCUUGCGGAUGCCAAACCUAAAGAAACUUUCAAUUUAUUCCAAAAAUUUUGUUUUUGAUGUUUUGGAAAGGAUUUCGAGGACUAACCUCAAACAAAUCGAAGCUUUUAAAUUCAAUGGAGUAUUGCAUAAUUUCGAAAGAUUCUUUCGUGAAUUGAAUCAUAUGCGAUUUUUAAAGAAACUCUCAUUUUAUGAAUGUCGUGGCUAUGACAUUGAGGGGAUACGUGAUCAUAUGCUGCUGCAAAUGAGUAAACAAUUUGCCGAUUUGGAGGAGAUCCAUUUGUGUUCCUGUGAUUUGGAAAGUGAUCGUGGCGUGCUGAGUUUUGUACAGAAUUGUCGUAAAUUGAAAUUGAUCAAUUUAACCCAUUGCCGUAAGGGCAUUAGCGAAUCGGUGAUAUGGCGUUGCAUGGAAAUGAUAAAGAAACAAAAGUGGCGUACACACACUUUGGAAAUGUGGCUCAAGGAUACAUUUAUUGAUAAAUCGAUAUUGGAGGAUCCUCGUUACAUGUACAACAAUCGUUUUCUCAAAUUGGAUUUCAAACAAUCUGCACAAGACUCAAAUCCACCUGGAGUACUGAAAUUCACAUUUUCAACUUAG